CUCACAUGAGAAAAAAAGAGCAUAGAGAGACAGUUAUGAGUUAACCACAUAAAUUAACUCUAGUUAAAUAGAAAUAAAAAUAAGUGGUGAAGACGCAUCACCACGAAUCAAGAUUUUUAUCAUCAUCAUCAUUCAAAAAAAAAAACCAAACCCAUUCUUGUUUUCCAUCUCUCUCCAACUUAAUCUCCUCAUCUCCUCCCUAAAGAUUCUUGCUUUUCCCCUCAAAACCCUAAACUCCAUCCCUAAUCUCAACCCUUUAAAUAAGAGUAAAAACUAAACACUCUCACUCUCACUCUCACUCUCACUCUCACUCACAACACAACACACCCCCCAAAAAAAAUUAAUCAGUGCAUAAUUAUUUCGAUUGAUGCUGCGAUGGAGCUAAGCAAUUCAGCAGCAGUGAAAGCCCCCGAUGCCGAAUCCGAGACCCCGACCCGGAUCCAACCCGCGAGCAACGGCGUGCUGAAGCGCCACGCGCCGCUGCACCACCCCGUCGUGGUCACGUUCAGGGAAUGUAUGCGGAACCACGCCGCCAGCCUCGGCGUCCACGCCGUCGACGGCUGCGGCGAGUUCAUGGCGGAUCCCUUCGAUCCGGCGUCGCUGAAAUGCGCGGCGUGCGAGUGCCACCGCAACUUCCACCGCCGAGACCCGCCUCUUGCGCCGGUCAUCGAGUUCCACCCCCACCACCGCCACCACCCCCUCCCGCCGAGCCCUGACGAUUCGCCCUCGCCGCCGCCGAUCUCCUCCGCCUACUACCCGUCGGCGCCGCACAUGCUGCUGGCCCUCAGCCACGGCGGAGGAGGGCGGAAUCCGAGCUCAGGCAGCCGGAAGAGGUUCCGGACGAAGUUUACCCAGGAGCAGAAGGAGAAAAUGCUGGAAUUUGCUGAAGGAAUUGGGUGGAAAUUGCAGAAGAAAGAUGAAGAUUUGAUCAGAGAAUUCUGCAGCAAAGCUGGAUUGGAGAGAGGGGUUUUGAAGGUGUGGAUGCAUAACAACAAGAGCGCUAUCGCUAAGAAAAAUCGUCAAUCUGCUUCGCCGCCGCCAGCCAGUAACGGCGGUGAAGUGGAUUGCUCUGCUGCUGCCGCUGCCGCUGAAGACAGUGACAGCAAGGAAGAUGCUCAGUUGGAAGAAGUGAGCCACCACCACAACCAUGAUGGAUCGUCUUCUUCUUGAAUCUCUUGGUUGAGCUUGAGAUUAAUAAUUGGUUAAAAUAAAACAGGUUUUAGAUAGUUGAGAAAAGAUAAAUUGAAAUUUCGGCUGGAAUUUGGUGGAGUAGUUUCUGCUUCUUAGAUUCAUACCUUGAUUAAACUUUGUUUUGCUUAGCUAUGAUGAUCAAAUAUGUGGAGGGCAUAUUUUUGUUUAUUUAUCAUUUACCUAAAUCGGUCUCCGCAUCAAUGAUUUUCUUUUAUUUUAUUUUAUUUUAUUUUAUUUUAUUUUA